AUGAGUAAACGAAAUGCUGAGGAGGCUUUCUCGGUGCAGAACCAUCAUGCUCCAAAUCAACUGCACCAUGAUGAUGAUGAAGAUAUAUAUACCCAUCAUCAAGAGGGAACGGCAGCAACAAUGAUGGAACACAAGAGUGGAGAAUCCGAACAUGAUCGUUUCAUUCCGUCCAGUAAAAGGGUGAAAGAAAAUAAUACAUGUUUGGUUGCUCAUACAACCAAUGCUGAUAAUUGUAGUAGCAGCAACGCGAUGAAUGAUGAGGAUACGGCUGUAGAUACUAUGUUUUCGAAAAUAUCUCAGUCGAUUGAUCAGUACGAAUUGGUGCUACGAAAAAUUCGAGUAUCACAGUCGGGCGUUGGCAAUAUCUUGUAUAGAGAUUUGAAACGACUCGGACAAGGUGCCAUAUCUAAACUUAGGGAGGAUUUGGAACGUUCUCAUGGCAAGUUGGUUCAAUUAUUGAAUGAACAAACACAAUCGUCGAAAAAGAAUGAAACAGAAAUGAACCAAUCCGAUGUGAAUUAUAUUGACAAAAAUUUGAAUCAAGUUCUCCCACCCGAUUUGUUGAGCUACAUCUUUUCAUUUUCAUUGUUUUUUGACUUUAUUCGAAUUUCUCACACAUGUAAGCUCUGGAGAAAUAUUUGCCUCACCAAAGCUGAAGCUCUCACAGCCUUUGACAUUUCAGACGAUGUUUCUUUUAUUAAUGGAUUAUUUUUAUUCAACAGAUUUAUCGAAUGGAGAAUUGAGAAUAUUCGUCAUGUUAGCAUUUAUGUGGAUGUGUUUGCCAAGUGUGGCCACAAGUUCAAUGCCGUGCGUAAAAUAGACGCUUUCAUUCAACACUCAAACAUGGCUGGUUAUCCAAAUAUUGAAAGAGUCAAAAAACUGUAUACACGUCAGUUCACGUUCUUUGGCAAUAUCACGCUCCCAGGACUCGAGUUUUUACAAUUUAAAAGCUUUAAAGAUGCCAUUAUCGACUUUUUCCACUUAUCCAUGUUCGGCCUGGCUCUCGUUGAUACACUUCUGCCCAUGUUAGAUUUCACCAAGAUUGAUCGAAUUCAACUCAUUUCGAACUUUAGAUUACUUGCCUCGUUCAUUCGAUUUCAGCAAGAUACAGAUCCAUCCAAAGCUGGAAGUAGAGAAAAAAUCAAAACUUUCCUGACAAAUAUUAAUGAUCAUGUCAAGUAUUUAAUUUUAACUGCCAAAGACGAUGACGAGUAUGAAGAGGAAGAAGGAGAAGGAACUACAGAAUCAUCGCCUGACGAAUUUCAUUUGGCCUCUCUCGAAAAACUAACUGUAAAGGUUGGAUCCUCAAAACUCUUCAAAAUGUUGAAAUUUAAUCCUGCUAAACUCAAAUCAUGCACAAUAGUGAAUUGGCUCGCAAAACAUACAGUAGAUGCAUCUGAAAUGUCAACCAAAUCCGAAGAGGAAAGACUAGAAAUUACAGAAUUUCAUUCCAUGUUGGAUCGACUCUGCAAUGUUUCAUGCUUGCGACUUGAAUAUGUGCCUUUCAUAUUCUUCAAAUCUUAUUCAUUUGAAAAGUUCACAAAUCUCAAAUCACUCAAAGUAUUAGAAAUUGAAGGAGAAGUCAUUGAACGAUUAGCUCCAAAAUUGACAUCUCUCAAAGUUCAACGAAUUUCCAACUUUACACCACAAUUAAUUGAAAAUUGUACCAAGUUAAAACAUUUAGUGCUUGGUUCACGAUUUUUAGUAGACGUUGACAUUCAAAAACUUAAAACGUUGAAAAAGUUGCACAUUCUCAGUUCCCAAAAACACAAGCUCUCGAAAUUUAAAAUUGAGUCUCCAACCAUCGAAGUAUUUCUUUGUUAUGCUGAUAUUCGAUCACUUGAAGUCACUUGCCCAAAUUUAUAUCGAAUUCAUUGUGCCAAUUCAUCACCUAUUGAAGAGUUAACGAUCAAGACCAACAAGCUUCAACAUUUCACGGUAGAGGAUACCACCAUCAACUCCUUGUCCAUACUCUCGUAUCCCAUCCCCAACCAAACAGCUGAGCAGGUUUCUCCACUGAUUCGAGCUGCAUUUUUAGAUUAUGUUCAAGUAUGCAAGCAACUUGAGUGCCCCUAUUUGAGAUGCAUCAGCAUUUCAAACAUGGAAGUGCUCAAAAAUAUGAUUACACUUUCACAAACUCCAUUACUCGUGAAUAUUGUCGUUACUGAAACAAUUCUUGACACAUCAUUGUUGAUUCAAGCACUGAAAACGUUUCCCAUUGAAACAAUUUCCAUUUCCAAUUGUUCAACCACAGAAUGCACAGAUAACUCUUUGAUGGAUUUGGACAGAGUGCAAUUGAAAGAAAUUCAUGUCAAGGAAUGUGAUUUUGGUGUGUCCAAAUUUAUUGUGGAAGCAUUUUCUAAAUUCGAAAAUAUUGAUACACUUGCAAUUCAAGAUUGUUAUUUGGAUCCUGAGUUUGUGAGAUCAAUUUGUCAGCCUACAGAAAAUGAGUGGAAAAAUUUACAAAGUCUCGAAGUGGACAUUUGUGCAAAUUUAUCUGGUGAUGAAUUGUGCACGUUAUAUUCAAAUAUUGAACAUUAUGAACAUUUGAAAAAUUUAUCACUCUUGAUUUAUCCAGAUCGUGAAACGGAAAGUCUACACCAUGCUAGAUUUCCACAAACUUUGGAAAUGUUCAACGGUACAUUUAACACUCUUGAAAUUGUUCCAUCCAAGUCGGUCUCUUCGCCCAACGCUUGCCAUUUGAAAACUCUCAUUAUUCAACCAUGCCCUAGUUCCAAGUUUUUUAAUGUGAAUAGUUUAUUUCAAGCAUUGAAUGAUUUGUUUGUUGUUGGUGGUGACAAGGACGAUGAAAAUUCUUCAGAGCAUAGUCCACUCUUUGAGUCACAGCUGGAGAAUAUUUUCACAGAUGAUGUUCAUGAGUUGGAUGUUGAGGCACCUCGAAUGAGUUUGCUGACUCGUGUCAUGAAGAACCUUCCUUCUUUGAGAUAUGUCUCAAAAUCCUUCUUUAUUGAUGAACCUGUUGAUUUGGUGUCAUCAAGACCUGACAUUAAAUUCCAAGAAGAUUAA